UCGAUUUCCCCCUCCCGACCCCCGUCGUCCCGGCGAUCCAGGUCCUCAAUCAGGUCCCCAUCAUCGACAUCUUCAAAUAGCCACACUUCUUGCACUCAUUCUUCCUCUUCAUCCCAUCCGCCAGUCGAGCUCAUCCAGAAGCCUGUACAGGCCUAUUUCAGUCCACAUCGAAUCCCCGCCUCAUAUCCAUCCUCACCUUUUACCGCAUCCACCGCAACUGUCAACGAGUGCUGUGCACCUCGAUUGGCGCAGCCGCCUCGGCCUCGGUCAAUCAUGGGUUUCACCAAGAGUCAGAGAAUCGGUAUCCUGCUGGGCAUAGAUGCUGUUUUCUUUCUGGUAGAACUUGUUGUUGGCUAUGCCGUCCAUUCAUUAGCCCUCGUGGCGGAUUCCUUCCAUAUGUUAAACGAUGUCUUGUCCCUAUGCGUAGGGCUCUGGGCAGUUCGUGUUGCGAAUACCGGAAGUUCAAAGAUGUACACCUACGGAUGGCAACGAGCAGAGACUCUGGGUGCUUUGGUCAAUGGAGUCUUCUUGGUCGCGCUGUGUCUGUCGAUUUUCCUUGAGGCCAUCCAGCGUUUCGUCGAACCGCAAGUGGUUACGAACCCAAAACUCGUUCUCAUCGUCGGUUGUAUGGGCCUAGCAUCGAAUAUUCUCGGUCUACUUCUCUUCCACGAUCACGGGCACAGUCAUGGUCAUGAAGAGCAGGGAGAUGCCAUCAAGUCUGCCGAAGAGGGUCAUGGACACGUUCAUGAUGAUGAAGAGUCGGGUGCUAUUGCGGACGAGAGUGGCAACAUCGAAGAUGUCCUUCCACAAGUAAGAGUGGCUGGCUACAAAGGUACAGACGCAAGACGUUUUACGACAUCCGAUGAAGAGAACACCACUAUUUCUGCUCAAUCGUCCAACACACAGCACCGCAAGUCACUUGCUAAUAGCGAGAUCCACAAUCGGCACCGACGUAGGACGUCGGGAUCCCUUGGCCGAGGGUUUGGUUCCGUGGACAAUAUUCACAUACACCCUGCUUCUUUUCGGCAAGAAAUCAUACAAGCUGCACGUCUUGAAGAACAGUCGGAGGAGUCGUCAGAGGAUGGCGAGGCAUUGCUGGACGAUACUGGGUCGCCAAAUGAACACUCUCAGAUUUUGCCGAACGGCCAUUCCUCACCUUUGAAAGGCACCCAGGGCUAUGGCAGCAUUGGAAGACGCCGUAGUAUGGAUUACAACCAUGCCGAACACACACACAACCAGCCCAAAGGAGAGUCCCACAAGGGACAUAGCCAUGGAGGCCACGGUCAUUCUCACGGUGAUCUAAAUAUGCGAGGUGUCUUCCUCCAUGUUAUGGGCGACGCCCUCGGCAACAUCGGCGUGAUAGCUUCCGCCUUGAUCAUCUGGCUCACUCAUUUCCCCGGACGAUACUACUUCGACCCUGGCAUCUCACUUGUCAUCACCAUUAUUAUCCUCUACAGCGCUAUCCCCCUCUGCAAAGCAGCCAGCCGGAUUCUGCUGCAAGCAGUACCUGUUGGAUUGUCGAUUGACGAAAUCACUGACGACAUCGAAUCUCUUCCACGCGUCCUCUCGGCUCACCAUCUUCACGUCUGGCAACUCAGUGACACCAAACUCGUUGCCAGCUUGCACGUCAAGGUCGAUUGUGAGGUUGAAGGAGCAGGUUCAGCUAGCUAUAUGCACCUUGCUCGUGAGAUCCGGGGCUGCUUGCACGGGUAUGGCAUCCACAGCUCGACUAUCCAGCCCGAGUUCACGACACCGCAGCCCGAUUCUGGUGCAGCAGAGGCCGGCAAUGGUCAUUUGAACGCAGCACAGGCCGGGACCUCCAGCAAGGCUGCGAGCGUCAACAGUGAAGGACCGACAUGUCUGCUUGAAUGCGGCGAUAAGUGCGCCGGAAGCAAGAUGUGCUGUCCUACGGAUGGAAAGAACGGCAGCCAAAACGGCAAGAAGUAAUUAUUAUUUGGCCUUGCAAGGCGAUAGAUGUAAUUUCGAGCGACAGUCCUUGUCUUGAUAGCUUCUGGAGGUUUCCAGCUCCCAACCAGCGUUUCUCUGUGUCAGUUGUACUAUUCCACUACAAUUCUGCAAUAAGUGGGCAAGCAGUAGUACACUCAAUACCCUAACCCUUGCAUAUCAACCAGAAAUAAACCAGUAGAACGGGCCAUGCAACCUGCCACAUAG